AUGAAGUCCUUUGCCAUUGCGGCCGUCGCGGCCCUCGUCUCCAUCGUCGCCGCUCACCCCGACGCCGUGGAGGACGCCCUCCGCAGCGCGGGCCUCACGGGCCUCACUGACGGCGAGAUUGCCCAGGCCGUACUGCCCGCGGGCAUCACGCUCACGGCAGCGACUGGCCCCCGAGCCCCGCCUCCUUCCGGCCGCACCAACACGUGGCACCCCGCGCACCCGGGCGUCACCAUUGAUGGCUGCGACGCCCAGGACGAGGAGUGGCACUACGUGCACCCGUGCGAGGCGUGCCAGGAGGAGUCUCACACUUGGACUACGUCGACGGCCACAGCCGUCGUCACCAAGACGAUUAUCGACUGCGCGCCCACCGUGGCCGACUGCCCAGCCCGCAUCACCGCCGUCACCACCGUCACCACCAGCAUCUGCCCGGCCACCAACACCGCCGCCCCGCCCUCCAUCGCCAACGUCACCGUCACAGCCGUCCCCAGCCCUGUGUCCACCGUCGAGGCCACCACCAUCCCCGUCAGCAACUCCCAGUCCUCCGUCGAGGUCACCGUCAUCGAGACCCCCUGUCCCGCGACUACUACCGCCGUUGCCGCGCCGCCCCCGGCCAAGACUCCCGUCCAGGUCUGGACCACGGCCUCGGCGCCUGCCCAGCCCACCAGGGCGCCCGCACCUCCCCCAGCUUCAGUCGCGCCUCCCGUCCGCCCCGGCAACAACACCCAGGUUCCCGUUAUUGUCAACGGCGGCGCCCAGGCCCAAAUCGGCCUCUUUGCUGCCGUCGCCGCCGUCGCUGCUCUUCUGUAA